AUGCGGCAGCAGGGACAGAGGAGGAGAGAGCCAUUGAAGCACAGAGUCAUCGUCACGAAAGAAACCCGAGCCCAAGACAAGCGGUUGAAGGCUGAGCAGUCCAUUAGCAGAGUGGCAUGUGGACGAGUUUAUUUACAUCUGACAGAUGGAGCCCGGUGCGAAGAGGGGGAAGAGAUGUGUGGUAUGUGUGGUAAGGAUGAUCGAGUAGCAGCGCACACGCCGGUAUUACAGCGCGUGUCCGUGGCCGAGCAGGGGAGAGAGGCGCAAGUCCAGCACGACCAGAUAUUGGAUAGUGGAAUCGAUUUCCCAUCUAGUAUCUUAGCCAUAGACAUACCAUAUAGCCUCUCGCAACGUAUCUUUAUAGAAUCUAGGCCCGGUUUAGUCGAAUCAAGAGAUGUGCAUGUCGCGAGUUCCGAGACCGUUUUAGUCAUAAGUUCCAGUCCAAGUUGGACCUUAACAAACAAAGGGUCGGCACGCAGAUGUCUCGAAGCCGUCGCAACAGACGACACCCUAUCGAAGAGUUCGAUGGCCAGUUCGGUCAGUUUUGACCAAGGGAUUUGGACGGAUCAAUUCGAGAGUUGGCAGCGUCAGCAUGAGGCUGGCGAGUCACACACGCGAGCCCAGAUCCGAGCUGAGAGCCAGGACGUGUAUAAGGCGAGUAUCACUAACAUUGUAAAGCUGCUUGAAAGGUUGUCUCCCGAGCUCUGUCAAUCGGUCGCAAGCUACCGCCCCGAGUUCCUUUUGUGGAGUUACGGUGCUGCCGUCCUGUGGCCGGGCACCCUCGUCAUGCCAUUUCCCGAACUGCCGUUUACUACAGAAGGGGCCAAGACCAAGCUAUGA